CUCUGUAGCGGGUCCUGCGUGCAGUCUCUACAGGUUUGCCAGAAACUCAAUUCUUCAAAGUCCAAGAGGAAGCUGGGGAGUGGCAGCUCCUGCGCUUGAGGCGACUGGCUGGUCGCGGGACCUACCCCCAAGGUGGUGUUUGUAGAGGCUUCGAUGCUUUUCAAAAGGCGUUUUAUCGAAAGACUUGCCAGGACCAACUUGAUCAAAGCCGUGUUCCUGGAAUAGAUCCGACUGUCCCGAAGGACGAACGACCGGUCUGUGAGCACUUGUACUAAGGAGUUCUUGAUCAGAAUGGCUUCAGGAAGGUUUUACCUGUCCUGCAUGGUCCUGGGGUCCCUGGGAUCAAUGUGCAUCCUCUUCACCAUCUACUGGAUGCAGUACUGGCGCGGCGGCUUUGCCUGGGAUGGCAGUAUGCACAUGUUCAACUGGCACCCGGUGCUUAUGAUUUCUGGCAUGGUGGUGCUCUAUGGCGCUGGGUCUUCCUACAUAGCCCAGCCUGACUUUGACCAGCGUAGCAUCCUUCUGUCUCAGCCUUCUGAGUGUGUAGCCUCCCUGGUGUACCGCCUGCCCUCCUCAUGGGUGGGGCCCAAGCUGCCCUGGAAAAUCCUCCAUGCAGCACUGCACUUGCUGGUCUUCACCUUCACUGUGGUGGGGCUGGUUGCCGUCUUUCAGUUUCACAACCAUUCAAAAAUCACACACCUCUACUCCUUGCAUAGCUGGCUGGGCAUCACCACUGUCAUCCUCUUCGCCUGCCAGUGGUUCCUGGGCUUUGCCGUCUUUCUUCUGCCGUGGGCAUCCCAGUGGCUUCGAAGUCUCUUGAAGCCUGUGCACGUCUUCUUUGGAGCCUGCAUCCUUUCCCUGUCCAUCACUUCUGUUAUUUCCGGCAUAAAUGAGAAGGUUUUCUUUGUUUUGAAAAAUGCCACCAAGCCCUACUCCAGCCUGCCUAGUGAGGCUGUCUUUGCCAACAGCACUGGGCUCUUGGUGGUGAUUUUUGGCGUGCUGGUUCUCUAUGUUCUUCUGGCUUCAUCAUGGAAACGUCCAGAUCCAGGAGCUCUGACUGAUAGACAGCCCCUGUUGCAUGACAGGGAGUGAAGCGGGCAGGGGCUCCUGGGAACCAUCGGCGAUGCGGUCUCUGCUCCCUCAGAAGCUCUGCUGUACUUGGGCUCCUGGUUGUUUUCAGCAACAGACUUCUCUUGGGCCAGAGACCAAACUUGCUACUCCAGUUCCAGGCUUGCUCUCUCCGGCCACUUGCUGUCCAUCUGCUUUUCUUGAUGGCUUUGACUUGUUGGCAUUUUUCUGGUCCUCCAUUUGUACAAGGGCUUCCUUGCCUUGGUCUGCUGGUCUGUAGAAUUGGGGCUGUUUUCUCCUCACCACUCCUAGGGAUGUGGUAGAAGCCAAAGCUGAGGCUCAAAUGUAGCCCACACAUACAAGAUAUAAAGUCUGCUCUCUGUGGGAGCAUUUGUCUCAUUAGGCAGGCUUCCUCUGCCUCUGUUCUGUCCUGGGUAUGCGUUUGGGUGGGCAGCAGCGUUGGGAGGUAACUAAUGGGACAGCAGCAGCAGGACAAGUUCUUGCUGUAAUGUCAGGUGCCAGUUACUCUGCUCACUUUGAUGCACUGUGCUGUGUAUUGUGACCAUGUGGCUCCCCUUCUUCUAGUUGCUGCUUCAGUUGCUGCCUGGAUCCUGCCCUUUCCCUGUGACUUACAUGCCUGUCCCCCUCAGGUAGCCCUACCAGCCCUGGCAAACUGUUCUCCCAAGAACAGACAGCCUGCCCCUAGAGUCCCAAGUGAUGAGUGACAGAGGUUUCUGUGUCCUUCCUUUCUGUCUCCUUGUGGGUAUGGGCUUUCCUGCCUCCUCUAGUUAUGCUCUCCCCUGACAGGGCCCUGGCCUACUAUGAGAUUAAAAUCAGCAUUAUUAAGCAAUUUACUGGGCAGAGUCCUGGGAGCCACUGCUGCCUUCAGAGGUGUUCCUUAUUAGUACUGGGUGCUUCUGUUCCCCAAAAGGCCACCCAUAUUCCCUCUAUGAUAUGCCAGAGUGUGAACUUUACUCUUCUCCUGAAUAGAAACUGAUUAGAGAGGGAGGAGUCUGGCUCGCUCCUUUGUGUUGGCCUGUGGCACUUCAUGCCUUCUUCAGAUAAGCCCUGCCAGAUCCCCUUAGCAGGCAGGCAGGCAGGAGCUGGGUUCCUGCACUCCCUGCAGAUAGUGAUCAGGCUGAACUUCAGUUCCACUGCCAGAAAUUGGAAGGAGGGCUGGCCCAUUCUGACUGAAGCCUGAACACCAUUGGGAUGACUACUGGGCACCUUGGACAUGACCAGCUCCCCUGGCUCACUCACGAGUGGGUAUUUUACUUCAUGAAUCUGAUCUUUAUUAAAUGUAUUUUUAAAUAUUAAA